AUGGCCAUUCGAUACACCGCAGAGCAUCUGCUCUUCUUGAGGGAUUCGCCGCUAUGUGUCAAACCUGAGAAACUUCCUCCGGCGGAGGAAUGGAUGGGAACAAACCGGUCAACGAUCGACCUCGACCCUGAUGACAUUGUCUUUGCCCCUCCUCGAAUGGCAUUUGCUUCUUCUGGCCGAGGUAGCAAGACGCUUGAUGGUGAAAAACCGACCAAAGACGCUGACCCCGCGGGUCGUUUCGCCUUGCGCAAUCGAAACAGCGAAGCCGACGGUGACCGCCUGCGCGCACCCAACGCUGUUCGUCGCCGCGGAGAAAACGAUUUGGAUAGCGAUGGCUGGAGCACGGUCAAACCCCGCAAGAGCUUUGGUGCUGAAGGCGCCGAGCGUUUCCACGGCCGCAUGGGUGGCAACUUUCGAGAUGAGAAGAAGCCCCUGCGAGAAAACGAUCGCGAUGCCACUCGUGACCGCCCAACAAGAGCCUUUGAUGCCUUCGCUCGAGACAACAAGGAAACCGAAAAUGACACUCGAGCACGCAACGGUGCCGGCAGGAGCAAAGUGGACUCUUGGCACAAGGCAGAGUCAAUGCCGACAGAGUCCCCUGCAGCCGAGCGAAAAGAACGAGACCGAACCAAGAGCUGGAGAGACCGAGACACUACUGAAACUGCGGAUGAUCGUGCCAAUGGCAGGGCACCUGACAGGCGUUGGGCCCGCGACCGCGAACAGCGCGUUGAGCGUGAGCCCGAAUGGUUUGAUGAGCCUGCUGAUGCACUCCGCGAAGCACACACCCAGCAAGACUUCCAGAAAUGGAUGGAGCAGAUGAAGAAAGGCAAAGGAGGUGGUGAUGCUCCGGAGCGGCCUGCGGCAACAGCUGCGGCUCCUGAACCUGCUGCCGAGGCUGAGAGGUUUCAACCUCCUCCUCAACCCUCUGCUGCUGAGGCUGCCCCUGACAAAUUCUUCCUUGCCUUUGGUGGUAUGCAGGCACAGGGACCUCUGGAGCCCAAUUCCCCUCCUAGCGAAGUAAACGAAACUGCCGCCAGGCCCAAGACUGUGGGCAAGUCGUCAAGGUUCACGUCCUUCUUCCACCAACCCCAGGAGGAACCACGAGGCAGAGUAGAGCAGUCAACGAGCGUGCCACCCGUGACUUCUCAUUUCCCCCCGGGGCUGGGACCGCUCCCGACGAUGGGCGCCCCUCCUCCCGAAGAAGAGAAACAGGCCUUCCAGCAGCUACUUCUGAAGCUCCAGAAGCAGAGCCUGAGUGCCACUCCUCCGGCACACUCCCCGUUUGCCCCGCCACCUCAGGCGAACCUUCCCGACAUGGCGAAGAAGAGUAAUCUGGCGUCCCCAGAGCCAUUUCAACAAUACGGUGGAGACAGAAUUAACGGCGGCAUUGGCCGUCCGCCCCCGCCCCAGCACGUUCAAGAGAUUCUCGCACCUCGACCUCAGCAACAGUCUGCUCGGCCAGACCAACUUCUUCAAGAUCUCGCGGGACACCACCAGCGUAUUUCUAGCCAGAGCUCAGGGAUCCCUGACCAGGCUCGCAACAACAACAACACCGAGUUUUUGAUGAAUCUCAUGAGAAUGGGGCCCAAUGCUCCGCUAAGCAUGCCUCAGUCCCAACCUCAGCCGCAGAAGCAAAUGCCGAUGCAAGAGUCGGACUUUUCGCCAAGAGAGAAUCGAGGAGUCCAGCAACGCCAGAUGCGCCCGCAGCCACCUCCUGGCUUCCCAAUGGAAGAAUCUUUCCACAAUGCCGAACGCGAUGCGCGUCUCGGACAACCCACUCAGAUUUUGCAGCGACCUCCGCCUCCUCCUGGGUUGGACCAGAUGCCACCUAGCUGGAUGACGAGCGGAGGCCAGAUACCGCCACCUCAGCAGCGAGGCCCCAUGAUGCCUCCUCCUGGAUUGCCUGGUGGCCUGAACCGCAACGUUCCCAUGCCUCACAUGUUUCCUCCCAAUUUCCCUCCUGGUGGCAUGCCGCCUCCAGAUGCCAUGGCUGGCAUGCCUCCACGCAACAUGCCUCCUCCGCCUCCUGGCUUCUUCAGCGCACCGCCCCAUGGGUUCAUGCCUCCUGGACUCGGUGGAUUCAAUGGACCCCCGGGACCACCAGAGGCUUUUGGUGGAUCUCCCUUUGAGGCCCGUGGCAUGCCUCCGGGCGCCGCUGGUCGGGGUGCCGCCUUUGGCCGGCCAUAGGCGGACAUAAUCUUGAAAUCUGCUUCUAACGGGAAAUCUCAACUAUCAGAAAGCAGAGCGGCAUUCCGUGUUGUAACUUGUGCAGUCGAAUUAAAUCACAUUUUUAUUAUUAUCACUAGUAUGACUUUUUUUUGGAGCUAUGAAGGCCGAGUUUAUAGGACCCAAGGGGUUAUGGGUUCCAACGACCGCUCUUUGCUUGCAAUGUCAUAUGAUUUUGUCCUGGGAAAUGCUCACGGGGGAAGUAGUCUCGGUGACGAGGCGAGGCUCACAAGUGCACGGACUGCCAGAUAUAGGGAGAACAGAUGUAAUGCGGGCGAUGAGAAUGAAAAUAUGUUGCAAAUGGAGCCUUGUUGAUACACAGACGAUGUGGUGAUGCUCUUGAUUGAUACUGACCAAAGGAUGCCUCCUCGUAAAGUAUCAUGAAGGAAAGUAGUAAUGUUGUAGUUACAGCUGAUAUGAUCAGUUCUAUUGCUGAG